UACACUUUCUCUUUAACUGUCCUUCAAGGCUAUUCAGUUCGCACUGUGAGAACCGUUAUUUUGAAGUUGUCGUUAAAAAAUCAUUUGUUUUCUGUCAACAUACAGCCAUUUCACUUUGAAAUAAUUUUGAUUUUUCAAGUGUGCAAUUUAUACUGAAAAGUAAAAGUAUCGAAGAUGAGCGUUACGUUGCAUACGGACGUCGGUGACAUCAAAAUAGAAUUAUUUUGCGAGAUGUGCCCGAAAACGUGUGAGAAUUUUCUUGCACUCUGCGCUAGUGGAUACUAUGACAAUUGCCUAUUCCAUCGGAACAUAAAAGGCUUCAUUGUCCAAACUGGAGAUCCUACCAAUACAGGUAAAGGUGGAACUUCUAUAUGGAAUCGUAAAUUUGAAGACGAAUUCAAAGAGGAGCUGAAGCAUAAUACGAGAGGUCUUGUCUCUAUGGCUAACAAUGGUCCUAAUACAAAUGGGAGUCAAUUUUUUAUAACUUACGCACCGCAAUCACAUUUGGACUUAAAAUAUACUCUAUUUGGAAAAGUGAUUGAUGGUUUGGAGACUUUGGAACAAUUGGAAAAAUUACCAGUAAAUCCUAAGAAUUUCAAACCACUUGCAGAAAUCAGGAUAAACAAUGUAACCGUACAUGCUAAUCCAUUAGCUGGAUAAAAUCAUUUUUACAUUGUACAAAUUCACCAGAAAUAAUGCUGCCGAAAAGUAUUUUUACAUUGUAUAUAUACCAGAUAUUCUCUUAUUAUGUGGAUCAAAUGGACUUUUAAUAUACAUUCUUGCAGGAUGCCUUUUUCUCAUUGCUUCAAUCUGGUCUAUGGUCAGGUGUGAAGCUUUCUGGACCGCACACUGUCGUUCUUAUUCCUGUGGUUGCUAAAACGGGUAUCAAUUGGUUCAUCGCUUCUACAUGGGUAUUGAAUACAUCCCAGUUUAGUUCAUACAAACUAAAGGAGAAGUCUUCUGGUGCCUUUAUAUGACGAAGCAUUUCGUAUGUUUCACAGAAUCAGCUUGUGUAUGACUGCAAGAUAUUGGCCAAACCGGACUGUAGUUCUCUCAGUCAAGAUCGCGCAGCUUUAUUGCUCUAAUUGUGAUUUAUCUUCAGAAUUAUACUACUGUUUAUAACGUUAUAUAUGUUAUCAAGAAACUUCUCAUUACAUUUUUCAACGUUUCUCGCGCAUGAUAUCAGCUAGCGGUGAAAUAUAUGUUUAAUUAAGAAAAAAGUGUUUCCGUAUAGUGGAAAAGAGAUUACAACCGACGUCAAUCGCGAAGCGACAAAACAUUACCCAAUGUGUUUGCAUGAGAAAGAAAAAGCAACACAGAAGAUUUAAGAUGCUAUAUAGUUGUGUGAUUAUACUCAAUCUGUUAUCCAUAUUAUUUUUCUUUCUAACUUGUAUGUGUGUAGCGUAAAUAUUAUUGUAUUUUAUUGUACAUUAAAAAUAUCUAUUUCUUCACACUGAUAAUAUGAGGUAAAGGAACGGUAAUUUCAUCAUAAAAUUAGUUUUUAUCAUUUCUUACCAGAUAAAACUUUUUAUGUAUUACCGCUUUAUGUUUGUACAUUUAUCUAUUUACUUUCCUUAUACAUAAACUCGCACUCAAAAUAAUCUCGUUGUCAAAAUAAUCUUUUCUAUUGCCAACUCUAAACUCUGAGAAGUGUUUGUCAUUGUUGGCAUUUUUUUUUAAGUUUUAUUUUGACAUAUUCUGUUUUGUACUUUCUUAUUUAUUGUUAGAUUAUACAUAACAAGAAAUAAUAUCUUUUCGAUCUAUAUAUUGCAUCAAAAUAUUUCAAUAUUGACAUGCUGUGCUCAAACAUGUGUACGUGCGUGUGUGUAUGUGUGUGUGUGUGUGUGUGUGUGUGUGUAUAUAUAUAUAAGUAUAUAUGUAGGAAAUUUGUAAAACUUUAUCAAUAAGGAAUUCAAUAAAUGUGUAAGAGAACUGAUGAUAUUGCAA